CACCAAUCUCAAAACAUCAUACUCUUGAUUGAAUUGCGUUUAAAAUAUAUUAUUACUUUACAAAUUUGAAUUUCUAGUACAAAUAUUUUUUAAGAAUUUAAGCUUUCGAUUGAAACCAAAAAGGAUCAAAAGAGUUGGAAAAUAGAAAAAGAUUGAAAAUGGGUUUGGAUUAUUACAAGAUACUGAAAGUAAGUAGCAAUGUAAACGAUGAAGAUUUGAAAAAAGCAUAUAAAAGAUUGGCUAUGAAAUGGCAUCCUGAUAAGAACCCAUUAAAUAAUGAAGAUGCUGAAGCUAAAUUCAAGCAAAUCGUUGAAGCCUAUGAGGUUCUAAGUGAUCCUCAGAAAAGAGCAGUGUAUGAUCGGUAUGGUGAAGAGGGUUUAAAAGGUGUGGCGCCACCGCCGGAAUCAGGCGGAGCUUCCCUUUUUUCCACCGGAUAUGGAAUCCCGACUACGUUCCAGUUCAAUCAACAGAAUGUUGCUGAUGAAAUAUUUAGUGAGUUAUUUGGUGCUUUUGGUGGUGGUCUGAGAGGUAGGAGAUUCUCUAGUUCACUUUUCGGCGAUGACAUAUUUGGCGGCGGCGGUGGUGGCAGGGGAGGCGUACGGUUCUCUGGUUCAGUUUUUGGUGAUGAUAUUUUUGGAUCAACGAACCAAGGUGCACUAAGAAAAGCUGCUCCAAUGGAGAAUUGGUUGCAUUGUAGUCUUGAAGAGCUAUAUAAAGGGACUACUAAGAAGAUGAAGAUCUCUAGAGAGAUUGUUCAUAUCAGUGGCAAUAUCAUGCAGGUGGAAGAGAUUUUAACCAUCAAUGUGAGGCCUGGAUGGAAGAAAGGCACGAAAAUCACAUUCGCGGAGAAAGGGAACGAACGACCAAAUGUUAUACCCGCUGAUCUCAUCUUUAUCAUCGAAGAAAAACCACACAAUGUGUUUACUCGGGAAGGCAACGACUUGAUCGUCGCACAAAACGCAUUGUACGGUUGUACAGUUCAUCUUACUACCCUGGACGGCAGGAAUUUAACCAUUCCGAUACACAACGUAAUACAUCCAUGCUAUGAAGAAGUGGUUCCGAGGGAAGGCAUGCCAAUCCAAAAAGACCCUUCAAAGAGAGGAAACUUGAGAAUAAAAUUCGACGUCAAGUUCCCGACACAGUUGACCCCAGAACAGAAAUCUGGAAUCAAAAAACUCUUGGGACCUUGAGACUGAUAUUGGCUAAUGUUGUUUUCGUUCUUUUGAUUCACUGCUUGAAAAAAUUACUGGUUUUUUA